CUGACGGGUACUUUGCGGAACUUGGCCGACGCAGGCGGGGCGCGGCGACAGCUGCUGCGCGGCGCUGCGGCCUCCGAGCUCUGCGUGGCGCUGGAGCAGCGCCGGAGCGACAGGGAUCUGCGCUGCUCCCUCACCAGCAUGCUCAGCAAACUUUCCUGCUAUGAUGACUUCUGUGCAGCUUUAGCAGACUGCUCCAGAUGUUACGUGCUAUUUUUAGCCCUACUAAACAAACACCAGAAGCAGCAGGAUUUGGUUAUCCGUAUCAUCUUCAUUCUUGGUAAUUUAACAGCAAAGAAUAACCAGGCCCGCGAGCAAUUUUUUAAAGAAAAAGGAAGUCUUAACACCUUGAUAUCAUUAUUCCAAACCUACCAUGAACUUGAUUUGAAUGCACAGAGAUUGUACCGUGGAAGAGGAGGAGAAGGAAAAAAACACCCAAAGCAUCCUUCAGAGGCAGAAGAUGUUCUUAUAAAACUGAUAAGAGUGCUGGCCAAUCUCUCCAUUCAUCCCAGUGUAGGAGCAGCUCUGGCAGCUGCCCAGUGUGUGGUAGAAUUACUUAUUACAGUGCUAGAGUACAAGUCAGUUGAUGACUGUGAGGAGUUGGUCAUCAAUGCUGCGACAACAAUCAACAACUUAUCCUACUACAGAGUGAAGAGUUCUGCUGUUCAAGACAAGAAGCUACACAUUGCUGAAAUGCUUUUAAAGCUGUUAAUGAGCAACAGUAUGGAUGGAGUUGUGGAGGCUGUCAGAGUCUUUGGCAAUCUUUCCCAGUAUCAUGAGAUCUGUGACUUCAUCACACAGAAGAAGAUAUACAAGUUCAUGAUUGCUUUGCUCGAUUCCAAAAACCAAGAUGUUUGUUUUUCUGCCUGUGGAGUUCUGCUCAAUCUCACAGUAGAUAAGAACAAACGAGCUCUUCUGAUGGAAGAAGGAGGAAUUGCAAAGUUAGUUGACUGUUUACAAGACUUUGGCCCAGCAGACUGGCAGCUGGCUUGUUUGAUAUGCAAAACCCUGUGGAACUACAGUGAAAACAUCUCAAGUGCGGCCCCAUGCUUUGGAGAAGAUACUGACAUACUGCUGUUGCUGCUCAAAUCACUCUUAGAUGAAGAACUAGUGUUGGAUUGCAGCCUCGAUGGAGAUUUAAGGGAAGACCACAAACUAUAUUGGGAAAAAGAGUUCAAACCAGUGGCAGAAAAACUUCUUGAUAGGAUUCAAAGCCAUCACUCCUGCUAA